AUGUGGUGUCGCAUCGUUAGGCGUCGGUGGAGCAAUGACAGUGCUCGAUGCACUGUCAAGCUCAAUGUCGUUGGCGUCACUAAGGCUCCCUCCCUCCUACGUUCCACAUUCGUCUCAAAUGUUGCGAAGAUGGCUGGUAAAACAAUGCAGCGCCUUAUACCUCAUCUCCGUUCCAAGCUUUUCGUCUCCCUUUCUGCUUCCACUUAUAUCGUGCCAAAAUUCCAGUCUCGCGGACUCGCAGUGAAAGUCACACAAAAAGCCCCUAAUUUUGCUGGAACCGCUGUUGUUGAUGGCCAAUUUAAGGAAAUCGAACUGCGAAACUACCUCGGAAAAUAUCUCGUCCUUUUCUUUUAUCCUCUGGACUUCACUUUUGUUUGCCCGACUGAGCUCAUAGCGUUCUCCGAUCGUAUUGAUGAAUUUAGUAAAAUCGGAUGUAACGUUAUCGGUGUUUCUACAGAUUCACAUUUCAGUCAUCUCUCUUGGAUCAACACACCGCGGAAAGCAGGUGGAUUGGGCGGUUUAAGGUAUCCCCUUUUGGCCGACUACAAAAAAGAGAUAUCGCGAGAAUAUGAAGUUUUACUGGAGGAUGCAGGUGUGGCCCUUCGCGGACUUUUCAUUAUUGACCAAAAGGGUGUUGUUCGAAGCAUGACAAUUAACGAUUUACCCGUCGGUCGUUCUGUUGACGAAACUCUUCGUCUUGUUAAGGCAUUUCAGUUUGUUGAUGAACAUGGAGAAGUCUGUCCUGCGAACUGGACCCCUGAAUCACCCUCCAUGAAGCCAGAUGUUGAAGGCGCAAAGGAGUACUUCAAGAAGGUCAACUAA